GGGGCCCAUAGAGUCACCGCCAUGCAGGCAGAGAAUCGCGCUGAACGCGGGUAGCAUGGCGGAGGGACCCAGGUGCAAACGGCGAAAGCAGGCGAACCCGCGGCGAAACGGUGUGAGUAACUUGAGUAAUGCAGAGACCGGCUCAGACUCAGAUGACGAGGAUCGGCUCCAUAUUGUGGAGGAUGACGCCCUUCCCAGCAUGCCUCACUCUCCUGGGGAUGCAGAGGGGACCAAUGGCACCGCCCACGGCCUGCUCACUGUGAAACAGGAGUGCUGCUCUGAAGAAGAAGAUGAUGAUGGAGAGAGGGAGGAGCUAAUCCAAAGAGGAGACACACCCAGCAAUGACGAGAAUGGAACUCCAGACUCAUUCUCUCAGCUGCUCACAUGCCCGUACUGUUCCCGUGGUUACAAGCGCCACGCCUCACUGAAGGAGCACGUGAAACUCCGUCACGAGAAGAACGACGACAACUACAGCUGCUCCCAGUGCUCAUACACCUUCAGCCAGAGAGCACAGCUCCAACGUCAUAUGGGCGCUCACAAACACGGCAGAGACCAGCGUGUGUUAAGCCAGUCAGGCGGAAGCAGGAAGUUUAAGUGUUCCGAGUGUUCCAAGGCCUUUAAGUACAAGCAUCACCUCAAGGAGCACCUACGCAUCCACAGUGGAGAGAAGCCCUAUGAGUGCACUAACUGUAAGAAGCGCUUCUCCCACUCCGGCUCUUACUCCUCCCACAUCAGCAGCAAGAAAUGCGUCCCGCCCCCCGUAACCCCCGCCAACGGCCUCCAGCGGCCAAUAGGAGCUGCCAAACCCACCCAGACCACACCCCCCACCAAUAAGCCGCCGCCCCCAACCCGACUGCUUCUCAGGGAGAAAAUAGAGGCGGGACCUACGCAGGAGCAGCGGCCAAUCAAACAGCUCAAAACGGAGCCGGCCGAGGUGGAGAGCAAGCCCGUUGUCAUGGUGGCAGCCCAGCCCCCUCCCCCGCCCCCUUCUCAACAGGGAUUGGUCCAGGCUUUGGUCCUGCCCACCAUGGGACUGGUCCAGCCAAUCAGCAUCAACCUGAGUGACCUGCAGAGCGCGCUGAAGCUGGCGGUGGACCGGGGGGGCGCGGUGGUGCGGCAGGUGCUCGCGAGCGGCGCCCACGCUAACGCUAACGGCGCUAAGGUCAUAGGUCAGGCGGCGGGGGGGCCGCGCACGCAGACGCUGCUCGUGCAGAACCCCCAGAAUCCUCAGCUGCUGUCGGCCAUCCAGCUGCCCCUGCUGGAGCAGGACGGCACCACCAAGAUCAUCAUCAACUACGGCACCGCCACCGCCAGCAUGGCAUCCCCCCCCGCACACACGGCCACCACACACACGAGCACCACACACACGGGCACCGCCCAAGCUGGGACGGGUCAGACUGCGCCUGUAGCUCCAGGCCCGGGUCAGACUUUAGGUCAGACUGCUCCAGUUCAAACUAGCACGGCUCAAACAGGUCCAGUUCAGACGGGCGCAGGUGCGACUGUGCCAGCUAAAUGGAGCCCAACUCCGGUCAGUGCCAGCGUGCCCAGUGCUGCCCAGUCUGGCGCCGCUAAGCCCGGCUCGGUGACGGUGGUGCCCCUGACCGGGCCCCAGCCUCAGCUCAGCCGGGCCCAGACGGUGCCGCUCCAGAUCCGGCCCACUCAGUCGGGCCUGGUGCAGCUCAGCCUGGUCCAGUCCAGCGCAGGACAGGGCCCGGUGGGCCGACCCGCCUUGGCCCAGUUCGGCCCUGCGCUCACCAGCGGUCCAGCGAAGCUGCUCUUGGCCCAGACGACCGGCACCAGAACCACCGCCACCAGGCUGGUGCGGAUCAUUCCGGCUCCGCUUGCAGCUCCGCACGGACCCCUCCGGAACGCCACCGCCAAGCCCACAGAACCAGAACCAGAACCAGAACCAGUACCGCAGGGGGAGGACAGCACCGCGGACCCGCAGAACAACAACUCCACAGAACUGCAGAACCCUGCGCUGGUGCGGGUCAAAGUGGAACCGGGGGAACCAGAGGGGGAACCAGAGGGGGAACCAGAGGGGGAACCAGAGGGCAAUGGGCCUGUGGACGCACAGAAGCAAGCGGAGGAGGAGGAGGAGGAGGAGGAGGAGGAGGAAGAGGAGGGGGCGUCGGCACAGUGCCCUCUGUGCGAUGACGGCUUCCCCGACCCGCUGCGUGAGCUCCAGAGCUGUCUCCGUGACGACGGGCCCGAGGCGGCGGGGUCGGCGGGGUCGUCGGGGUCAGGGGUCGUGUCGCUGCGGAGCCUGCUGGCGCUGCUGAAGGUGUACGGCGCGGCGAGCAGCCCCGGCGAGGAGCAGCUGCGUGCGGCCGCUAAGGAGGCGCGUCUCCCCCUCCCCGUGGUGCAGCGCUGGUUCUCCCGCAUGAGGAGCACGGGCCAGGACACACACACGCACGCGCACACACACACACACACGCACACGCGCUCGCGCUCACGCACGCGCAGCGCAGACACGCUCGCAACACACACCACACACAAACAUGCUCACGCACACACCACACACACCGAGGCCACACGUGCGGCACACACAGCAAACACGCCCACUACUAACACACACACUGCAAACACGCACACUGCAAACACCCCCACUACGCUCUCCAGCACCCCCACAGCAGACCCAAAGCAGGCGAUCUCCCUGGCCAGCCCCAGCCAGGACCCCCCUGUGUGCUCGGAGCCCCAGGACUGCGGUCCGACUCUGAGCUCCAGCCCCGGCCUGAGCGCCACGUGCGCCCCCCUGCCCUCCUCGCCCCCCUCGCCCCCCUCGCCACCCUCCUCGCCCGCCGCACCCCCCUCUCCGCUGGACCUCUCGGCCGCCGGGCUGCUCAUCGUGAAGACGGAGGUGGACUCGGAGGGCGAGAGCCAGGCGGAGCCGCUGGACCUGUCCCUGCCGCGCACCGCGCUCCCCCGCGCUAACGCUAGUGCUAGCACCAACGCUAACGCUAACGCUAGCGUGCAGCAGGAGCCGCUCAACCUCAGCUGCAUCAAGAAGGAGGAGGAGCCUGCCACAGUGCUGUGUCCCAGCAACCACCACCACAACAACAACAACAACAACAAAAACAGUGUUACGACUAUCGCUGUGGCGACGACCGCUGCUGCCCCGGUAGCCACAGCAACGACGACCACCAUCUACUUGAGUCCACAGACGGUGACGCCGCUCAACAUCGCCUUGGCAACGCGGCUGGUGGCCAUUGCUGAGCCCGGGGCCGUCCCCUGCCUGCCGACCGGUGUUGUCACGGCGACAGCCAAUCAGAAGCGCACCAUUCUCAUCCCUCAGCUGACGUACACCUACACACCCAGCAACACACACAACACCGUCAUCCUUAACGGAGAACAGGAAGACAGAGCUGACUCCGCCUCUGGAGUGUCCGUAGGGGAGGAGCCAAAUGACACAGACUCCGCCCCUUCCCCCAAGAAGAAGCGUCUGCAGGCUGGGCAGUACGCUUGUGACCUGUGCGACAAGAUCUUUCAGAAGAGCAGCUCACUCCUGAGGCACAAAUAUGAACACACAGGUAAGCGUCCUCACGAGUGUGCGGUGUGCAGGAAGGCGUUCAAACACAAGCACCACCUGAUCGAGCACUCGCGGCUGCACUCCGGGGAGAAGCCGUACCAGUGCGACAAGUGUGGCAAGCGCUUCUCCCACUCCGGCUCCUACUCCCAGCACAUGAACCACCGCUACUCCUACUGCCACCGCGACGCCGCCGCCCUGCCCCUCACACACACACACACACACACACACACACUCACAGAGCCCCGCGGCAGCGAGGAGGAGGACGAGGAGGAGGAGGAGGAGGAAGGAGAGGCCAUCAGCCUGGACGACAUCAGAGUGGUGCGCGUGUGCCUGAACUUUGACCUUUUCUGCCCUGUCGCCAGCAGCAGCAGCAGCCGCAUCAGUGUUCUCGCUGCUGCUGACCCCUGGUGGUGGAACCCUAGUGUUGCGCCGUCUCUGAGUUCCCACCUCAGCUCCGCCUCGCUCUGCUCCGAGUGCGGACAAAUAUUAGUGUGA